GAAUGCUCCCCACCCCCUCCCCACCCCGAAGUUCGAAAUUCUUGUUCCUAGAGGUGAAUUUCUCACUAUAUAUAAACACACCCUUUCGCCCCACUCUCGCAUCUAGCCGCUUCUCACUCAGCUAUGAUGAUGCCUCCGGCACACCCCCUAACGGCGGCGCUUGCUCUCGCGCCUCUCUUCUUUAUCGUCCUCCUUUUUUUCUUCAGUGGCCCCGUUGUUUGCUGGCGACCAUGGCCCAAUGCUCAGCCUAACUCCAAUGAUUUUCUCUUCGGUGGGUCUAAAAAGUACGAGGGUUCAUCGGAGUUUGUUAGUUUGAAAUAUCAUAUGGGGCCGGUACUCACCGCCAACAUUACCGUAUACCCCAUAUGGUACGGCAAGUGGCGGAGCUCCCAGAAGCGGAUUAUUCGUGAAUUCAUCGGCUCCAUCUCCGCCCCGGACACCAAGCCGCCGUCGGUAGCCGGAUGGUGGAAAACUGUCCGGCUCUACACCGAUCAAACCGGCGCUAACAUCUCAGGAACCGUCCACAUCGGCGAGGAGAAAAAUGAUCGGUUCUACUCUCACGGAAAGUCGCUCACGCGCCUCUCCGUACAAUCGGUGAUAAAAUCUGCGGUGUCCGCCUCGACCCGGCCGCUUCCGGUCAACCCCAAGAGCGGGGUUUACCUCUUGCUCACGUCGGACGACGUGUACGUGCAGGAUUUCUGCAACAAUGUGUGUGGCUUCCAUUACUUCACAUUCCCUUCCAUUGUCGGGUACACGCUACCUUACGCCUGGGUGGGUAAUUCCGCAAAGCUGUGCCCAGGCGUGUGCGCCUACCCGUUCGCCGUACCCAAUUACAUCCCGGGUCUCAAGGCCGUGAAAUCUCCAAACGGCGACGUUGGGGUGGACGCCAUGAUUAGCGUGAUAGCUCAUGAGAUAGCUGAGCUCGCAACUAACCCAUUGGUGAACGCUUGGUAUGCGGGUCAGGACCCGGUUUUCCCCGUGGAAAUAGCUGAUUUAUGCGAGGGCAUUUACGGAACAGGUGGAGGUGGUUCGUACACCGGGCAGAUGCUGAACGACAAGGAUGGUGCCACGUACAACAUGAACGGGAUCCGACGGAGGUUCUUAGUCCAGUGGGUCUGGAACCAUAUGGUUAAUUACUGCACUGGCCCUAAUGCACUUGAUUAGUAAAUUAAGGGUUUACUAUUUUUCUUUUAUUUUUGGUAUCCGAUUUCUUUCUUUUUCUUUUAUUUUUUGGGUUUAAAGAAAUUUGUUGUUAAUUUAUGUGUUUUCUAUUGUUAAUGGAUAAUUAGUUAAGUAAUUAAUGCUUAUCGAGUUCCAAAUUUUGUUUA